AUGCCCAGCCUCUGCAGGUCCUGCACCUUCUCCUUCCUGGAGCCUGAGAAGGGUGGAGGCGGUCCUGAAUUAGGCCGACCUGGCGAGCAUAUGUCGACGCCCAUGUCUCUCCCCCACCAGGAGGGUGGACCAGGGGGUAAAGACGAGGGUCCUGACUGUGGAGAAGAGGGUGGACCAGGGGGUAAGGAGGAGGGUCCUGCCUGUCGCAGAGCCUCCUACCAUCUCACCCUGGAGGGUCCCAGUGCUGGGGGGGCUGUGGCGAUGGCUGGAGGACGUCACUUACUGGCCAUCUACAUGCUCUGCUUCAUCCUGGGAGUCGCCCUCGGAUGCUUCCUUCUCUACUUCCUGUCCCGCCGACGCGGGAUUGGCCAGCGCCAUCCAGACCACUCCCUUUCCUCRGAGAAAGGGCAGGACCUGCUGGGCUCCUCGGCGACGCCGCAGUCACCUAGUAGCGGCAGUUUGCUGUCGGAGGGGUUCCCAUUAACGGAGAAGAGAGGAAAUGGAACGCUGCUACUGACACACCACCACGGCAACGGCAACGGUGGUCACCACGGCAACUACGGUGUCGCUGGCGGCAACGGCGGCUGCGACGGUAACCACGGCAAUGGCGGUGGCCACGGCAACGCCGGCUACGCCAACAACGCUAACUGUAACGUGCAGAUGGCAGCGAGCGCUGUGAAUGGGCUGAAGCUUCACGUUCAGGAGAUGGUGACGGACGAGAGGAGGGGGGGAGAGAGGGAGAGGAGGAGGCCGGAGGGAGGACAGGGGGAUGAGGAGGACGAGGGGCUAGGGGAGGGGUUGGGGGGACUGGAGCARGAGUUAGCGGGGUUUGCGUUGUUUAAGUUACCAGCACCAUUAGCUCAGUGUGAGGAGAGUUCUAUCUGAUACACGGUGAUAGAGGCAUGACCAAGAUACACGUGUUGAGAAACGAGACAUAUAGCCUGCGUCCCAAAGGCCACCCUGGUUCAUGAGCACUGCACUAUAUAGAGAACAGUGUGUCAUUUGAGACGCAACCGAAAAGAGAGACAUUACUGAGCUCUUCUCUGUCUAUUGCUGAACACAGAUGAAACAGGGAUGAAAAGAGAGACAUUACUGAGCUCUUCUCUKUCUAUUGCUGAACACAGAUGAAACAGGGAUGAAAAGAGAGAAAGGGUGGGAUGAGGAGAUAAAACACUAGUGAUGUUAUACACAUACAAAAGCCAUACUCUUUCUCUCUCUCUCUUUCUCCAUCUCUCUCUCUCUCGCUUUUUCUCUCUCCAUCUCUCUCUUUCGCUUUUUCU